UUUAAUAUUUUUCUCUGUCUCAUUCUUUUAAUGAAGAAAUGGAAUGAAUUUUUCUCAAUUUUAUUCCUCACAUCAGUUUUAAACUUUUAUUUUAAAUUUAAUUUCAUUACAUUUGUCAGUUCUUCCAGGCGAGAUAGGGAUUUUGAACAUCCUAAUUCUAGAAAAUUGUCAAACUCUUUAUUCCUUCAGGAUUCUUCCAAUAACUCUCUAAAUAACAAUUUAAACCCCAAUUAUGUUAGUAUUCAUGACUUUAACAAGCCUUUAAGCCAAAAUAAUCCUAAAAUUUUCCUAAACAAAGCCUUUAAUGACAGAUUAUGUGACACCAAUGUUGGCUCCAAACUAACUGCCAAGGCCAUUUUUUUAUGCGGUGGAUUAGGUAAAAGACUUAAUUAUGACUUUGGGGGACUAGGUUCUGAUUAUUAUAUACCGGAGGGUAUGCCAAAGGCAAAGCAGUUUAUUCACAUAUAUAACGUCCCUCUGUUCGUUUAUUCUCUCUCUGAGUUUAUUCAUAAUCCCAACGUAUCUGAGAUAAUCAUAGUCACUCGACCUUCCUGGUUCCAUAAAGUGCUUGAAAUGAUCUUGAAAUCCAAAGAAUUCAUCUCUAACUAUCCAGCAAUUGAACGUCAUAUACAUGAGGAACCGGAAACUGCGGAUCAUAUUCCAGAUGACACUCCAGAUUUAUCAGAGAAAUCCCUAAAAAGAGGUUUCGUUUUUGCAUACGAUUUGAAAAAUAAUAACUUUGUGCUUGAUUUACACCUGAUUGAACCCAGUUACAACACGAAUAGUACAAAUCAAGAUAAUCUACAAAAAAGAUAUAAAAUUAUUAAGUUUUGUGAGUCAGGACCUGAACGUUUCAACUCGGCUUAUAACGGGUUGAGGAAUUUGGGAGAGUAUACAGGAGGUGAUGAGAUAGUAAUAAUACACGACGGAGUAAGACCAUUAGUCAGACUUAUUGACCUAAAGGAGUUAAUAAGCACUGCAAAUAAAUUUGGAGGAGCCGUUCCCGGAUACCAGAGCCCGGACACUGUUAAAUUGGCUCAGAAUCACAAGGUUUUGAGGACUUUGGACAGGUCCAAAACCUUCAUCAUACAAACUCCUCAAGCUUUCAAGUAUAAAAUUAUUAAAGAGGCCUACGAUAAUGUUUUAGAAUCUGACUCUUUCAAAUAUGAACCACAGCUGUUUAACCAAUUCACAGAUGACGCAAGUUUUGUGGAAUCUCAGCUCAGAAAUCAUGUAGUCAUAGUAAAAGGGAAUAGGAAUAACUUAAAACUCAGUUAUAAUUCAGAUUUGGAUCUAUUUAAGUACUACUUGCAUCACACCUUUUUUUUAAAAGAUCACAAAUAA